CCAAAACCGGCCCUGGAAAUAUAAACUAAACACUAAGGUGAAUUGGUACUCCAAAUAUCAAACACUUUCUUCUCCGUCCUUUUCUUCACCAAAUCGUAACAUCCAACUUUUCUCAACUCAAAUUCCCUUUCGACAUGUCAGGCUACCCUAACCAGCCUCCCGGCUACGGCUACGGCUACGGCGCCCCUCCGCCAUCACAAUACGGUGCUCCUCCGACGUCGCAGUCCUACGGCGCCCCACCGCCCGGCCAGUCCUACGGCGCUCCGCCGUCUGGCCAAUCCUACAGCGCCUCCCCCUACGGCCAGCCGUCCGCUCCCUACGCCGCUCCUUACAGCAAACCACCGAAGGAGGGGUCCCACUCCCAAAGCAGCAGCGGAGGAGGCUAUCCUCCAGCGGCGUCGUACGGGAGCCCGUUCGCGUCGCUGGUUCCGUCGGCGUUUCCGCCGGGCACGGACCCCAGCAUAGUGGCGUGCUUCCAGAUUGCGGAUCAAGACGGAAGCGGCUUCAUCGACGACAAGGAAUUGCAGAGAGCGUUGUCUUCGUAUAACCAAAGCUUCAGCCUCAGAACCGUUCAUCUUCUCAUGUAUCACUUCACCAAUUCCAACGUCAAGAAGAUAGGACCCAAGGAAUUCACAUCUUUAUUUUACAGUCUUCAGAACUGGAGGUCCAUUUUUGAGAGAUUUGACAAGGACAGAAGUGGAAAAAUCGAUUCCAAUGAGUUGCGAGAUGCUCUACUGAGUUUGGGUUAUGCUGUUUCUCCUGUUGUAUUGGAUUUGCUGGUUUCAAAGUUUGACAAAACUGGGGGAAAAAGCAAGGCUAUAGAAUAUGACAAUUUCAUCGAGUGUUGUCUUACUGUUAAGGGACUAACUGACAAAUUCAAGGAGAAAGAUACAGCGUAUACGGGGACUGCAACCUUCUCCUAUGAAGCCUUUAUGCUGACAGUCCUGCCAUUCCUAACAGCGUAGGAAAGUAAUGGUGUGUGGUUGGGUAUGGCCAAGCUCUGUAUUUGGUUUGAAAAUGUGUGAUUGAAUUGCUUUACUAUUGCCUGCUUUUAACUAUGGUAGUAUUCCUCAACUUGUUUACUUUAUAAAUAAUUAAACACUAUGUUUUAUGCCUCUUCAUAAUUUUUUCUUUGGGGGCUGCUGUUUGUGAAUUAA